CAGACGCACACACAGCAGCGCAGCAGCGGCCAGGAUAACACGAUUAGCGCUCUAUUAGGGACUGCUGCCGAGCCACCACUAGAUGCGGAGCUGGGAUCACAGUCCGGGGUGGGAGAAGAGAGUGCUAAAGGAGACGAGAGAAUGAAUCCACAGCGUGUCCGUCACCACAUGGGUAAAGUGGAGGGUCUGUGGUGGUUAUUGGCGUGCGUAAACGAGUUAUCCAAGCUCAGCUGCGCCCGGCACCCGCUUGACAGUGACACCGCUUAAUGUCUCAGAUUAAAUAAUCCUCGUCAUAACUUCAAAAGUGCACAAUGAAGCCGAUAAACGUCCAAACGCUGCAGAACAAGUACUCGAUCGACCUGCUUCAUCCCGCCGGCUCUGACUAGAACCUGACGAUUCACAGUGGAUGACCGCUUCUUUCUUUUUUUUUCUUCUUUUUUUAUCAACCUCACGUGAAUCCGACGAGAGACGCCCGGAAGCAAGGGAGGAACGAACCGGAAGGGAGGAAGGAACAAAAAAAUAGGAAGCUGAGGGAGCGAGGGAGGGCGGAAAGAAGCCGGUCCAAAACCGAUCAUCAUCAUGGCAGUGUUGGACAACGAGACCACCAACGGGACCCUCCCGGUCCGUGCGCCCUACAGCCUGCACAUCUCCGUGUUCCUCACCGCGCUGGUGGGCAUGCUGAUCCUGCUCACCGUGUUCGGCAACGUGCUGGUGGUCAUCGCCGUGUUCACCAGCCGCGCCCUGCGGGCCCCGCAGAACCUCUUCCUGGUGUCGCUGGCGUCGGCCGACAUCCUGGUGGCCACGCUGGUCAUGCCCUUCUCCCUGUCCAACGAGCUGCUGGGCUACUGGUACUUUGGCAAGGUGUGGUGCGAGAUCUACCUGGCGCUGGACGUGCUCUUCUGCACCGCCUCCAUCGCCCACCUCUGCGCCAUCAGCCUGGACCGCUACUGGUCCAUCACGCAGGCCAUCGAGUACAACCUGAAGCGCACGCCGCGCCGCAUCAAGUGCAUCGUGGUGGUGGUGUGGGUGAUCGCCGCCGUGAUCUCCUUCCCGCCGCUCAUCGGCCUGGAGAAGGAGUCGGACAAGGAGGAGGGCCCCGUGUGCAGCAUCAACGAGGAGAAGUGGUACAUCAUCGCCUCCAGCAUCGGCUCCUUCUUCCUGCCCUGCGUCAUCAUGGUGCUGGUCUACGUGCGCAUCUACCAGAUCGCCAAGCGCCGCACGCGGGCGCCGCCCGGGAACAAGCGGGGGCCGCGGGAGAUGCAGGCCAUCAAGCCCGCUGCCGCGUCCGAGCGCAAGAAGAACGGCAUUGGAGGAGGAGGCGGCGGCGCGGUCGCCCAUGACGACGGCGGCGGCGGCGGCAAUAAAGGGGGUGCCGGCGAGCCGCUCUGCCACGGGAAGCUCAACGGCGGGCCAGGGAUGGCGGUGGCGGCGGCGGCGGACGGGGGGGAGGCGAGGGGAGGGGAGGAGGACGAGGAGGGGGAGGAGGGGGAGAACAACGGCAUGGACCUGGAGGAGUCGUCGUCCUCCGACCACAAGGUGAGCCGGCCCUGCUCCCGCAAGUCCUCGGGGAAGACCAAGCUGAGCCAGGUCAAGCCGGGGGAGGGGGGGGAGGGGGCGGGCCCGCCGCGCGCCCGCCGCCAGAGCACCAAGGGCAGCCGCUGGAAGGGGCGGCAGAACCGCGAGAAGCGCUUCACCUUCGUGCUGGCGGUGGUGAUCGGCGUGUUCGUGGUGUGCUGGUUCCCCUUCUUCUUCACGUACACGCUGAGGGCGCUGUGCGACAGCUGCUCGGUGCCAAUCACCCUCUUCAAGUUCUUCUUCUGGUUCGGCUACUGCAACAGCGCGCUGAACCCCAUCAUCUAUACCAUCUUCAACAACGACUUCCGCCGCUCCUUCAAGAAGAUCCUGUGUCGCGGGGACCGCAGGAGAUACGUAUGAACGAUUGUGGGGAACUCCCCUUUUAAGGACCUUUUAAGGUUGUUUCUUUGUACAUUUCUAUACACACAAGCACCCUGUACAGUUUGGUGACAUGGCGCAUGGAUUCAUCAAGGCUUCAGACCUGUCUCGCGGAGGUUCCCCCGCCCCGCUCUCCCUCCCAGGCCCGGCCCCCCCUGGAGUUCAGCAGAGCCCGUUCGAUAUUUCCAUUUUUUGACUCGAAACGCCCCAAAAAAACACUCGCAGCUUGGACCAGCUCACCACGUUCCAACGCAACAACGGCCCCGACCGCCGCCGCCGCCGAUUGUCUCCUGUGGGUUUUAUACCGAUGAUGACAAAAUGGGGACCGAUGAGGCCAAUCAGAGGCGUGAUGAGUAUUGUGCCGUACGUUGUGUAAAAAUAACAAGAUGUGUGGAUAUGAUGUGUCUCUAUAUUUUUCAUGUUGUUUCCUGGAGUAUUGUGGCUCUUUUCUAUGAUGUGAUGAUGGUGACGAUGUGGGUGAUGGGGCGGGAGGCUGGUCUGUAAAGAAUA